GGUCAGGUCUCUCUUCUCGCAGCUAACACAGUCUCUCAACCCCGGCGCGAGUCACAGGGAGAGAGAGAGAGAGGGAGAGAGGAAGAGGAGGCACAGAUUGAUAUUGGUGUCAUCUAUCAUUUCUCCUCCUCCUCCUCCUCCUCCUCCUCCUCCUCCUCCUCUUCAUCAAUAAUUUCUCUCUCAGGUGAGCCCAUAGCAGCAAUGGGAGCGGGCGGACGCAUGACGGCGAAGGAGCAGGCGACGGCGACGGCGACGGCGACGGCGACGGCGGGGGAGGACGUGCCCCUCCGCUCCGGCGGAGGCGGCAAACCACUCCACCGCUCGCCCACCGAGAAACCCUCCUUCACACUGGGCCAGAUCAAGAAGGCCAUCCCUCCGCACUGCUUCGAGCGCUCCGUUCUCCGCUCCUUCUCCUACGUCGUCCAUGACCUGUUCUUCGCCUCCCUCUUCCUCUACUUCGCGCUGGCCAUCAUCCCCACGCUGCCGCCAAGCAUCGUCCUCGCCGCCUGGCCGCUCUACUGGGUCGUCCAGGGUUGCGUCCUCACCGGCGUGUGGGUCAUUGCCCACGAGUGCGGCCAUCACGCCUUCUCCGACUACUCCCUCCUCGACGACGUUGUCGGCCUCGUCCUGCAUUCCGCCCUCCUCGUGCCUUACUUCUCCUGGAAGUACAGCCAUCGCCGCCACCACUCCAACACCGGCUCCAUGGAGCGCGACGAGGUCUUCGUCCCCAAGCCCAAGUCCGCCAUGCGCUGGUAUUCCACGUACCUCAACAACCCGCCCGGCCGCAUCCUCACCCUGGCCGUCACCCUCACCCUCGGCUGGCCUCUGUACCUCGCCUUCAAUGUCUCCGGCCGUGCCUACCCCCGCUUCGCCUGCCACUACGAUCCCUACGGCCCCAUCUACUCGGACCGGGAACGCGCCCAGAUCUUCAUCUCCGAUGCAGGCCUUAUGGCGGCCGUGUACGCCCUCUACCGCAUCGCCGCCAGCUACGGCUUCUGGUGGGUGGUGAGGGUGUACGGAGUGCCGCUUCUGAUCGUGAACGGGUGGCUCGUCCUCAUCACCUACCUGCAGCACACGCACCCGUCGCUGCCGCACUACGACUCGAGCGAGUGGGACUGGCUGCGCGGGGCGCUGGCGACGGUGGACAGAGACUACGGGAUUCUCAACAACGUGUUCCACAACAUCACCGACACCCACGUCGCCCACCACCUCUUCUCGACGAUGCCGCACUACCACGCCAUGGAGGCUACCAGGGUAAUCAAACCCCUGCUGGGCGAGUACUACCAGUACGACGGCACGCCGCUGCUGAAGGCCAUGUGGAGGGAGGCGCGCGAGUGCCUCUACGUGGAGCCGGACGAGGGGAGCACGAAGAAGGGCGUCUUCUGGUAUCGAAACGACAUCUAAGAGGUGAUGGUGCCGACGGUGGCUGUGAUAGGUUGGUCAUUUGUGUUUCGUCGUAGUCGUGUCGUCGGUCGUCAUUUUGAUGCAUGCAGUCUGGUCGGUGAUGUCUUAUUCCAUUGUGUUAGUGUAUCCAAUCCAUCAAAUCAUCAAACACACUGACAAUCGGAAAAAAAAAACACCCGAGUGUGGAGACAAUAAUCAUCUUAUGAUGCAGUCUUUUCUUCAGCGUCUGUUAGUUUGGAUUCGCAUGGCUCUGAGUUCUUAGUAGAUCUUCUUUA